ACAUUGUAGGGCCGUAGUCAGGCUGUAUUCCUCUGCGCGUGGGCUGGGACCAACGGUAGAGGGAGGAAGCGGAGUAUAGGAGCGCAAAGCACUGUGGUUGAUUUUCGAGGUGCAUUGUGGGGAAAAAAGCCUCUCGGUCGUUUUGUUGUCAGAGGCGGGCGUUGAGACUCAGACGAAAUGCCGGAGAGAGAAAGCGAGCCGUUCUCCAAUCCUUUGGCCCCAGAUGGCCACGAUGUGGAUGAUCCUCACUCCUUCCACCAAUCUAAACUCACCAAUGAAGACUUCAGGAAACUUCUCAUGACCCCAAGGGCUGCACCUACUUCUGCACCACCUUCUAAGUCACGUCAUCAUGAGAUGCCAAGAGAGUACAAUGAGGAUGAAGACCCAGCUGCACGAAGGAGGAAGAAAAAAAGUUAUUAUGCCAAACUACGCCAACAAGAAAUUGAGAGAGAGAGAGAACUAGCAGAGAAGUACCGGGACCGUGCCAAGGAACGGAGAGAUGGUGUGAACAAAGAUUAUGAAGAAACUGAACUUAUUAGCACCACGGCUAACUACAGGGCUGUGGGCCCCACUGCUGAAGCGGACAAAUCAGCUGCAGAGAAGAGAAGACAGUUGAUCCAAGAAUCCAAAUUCUUGGGUGGUGACAUGGAACACACCCAUUUGGUGAAAGGCUUGGAUUUUGCUCUGCUUCAGAAGGUCCGAGCUGAGAUUGCCAGCAAAGAGAAGGAGGAAGAGGAACUGAUGGAGAAGCCCCAGAAGGAAACCAAAAAAGAUGAGGAUCCUGAAAACAAAAUUGAAUUUAAAACACGUCUGGGCCGCAAUGUUUACCGUAUGCUUUUUAAGAGCAAAGCAUAUGAGCGGAAUGAGCUGUUCCUGCCAGGUCGCAUGGCCUAUGUGGUAGACCUGGAUGAUGAGUAUGCGGACACAGACAUCCCCACCACUCUUAUCCGGAGCAAGGCUGAUUGUCCCACCAUGGAGGCCCAGACUACACUGACCACAAAUGACAUUGUCAUCAGCAAGCUCACUCAGAUCCUUUCAUACCUGAGGCAGGGGACCCGAAACAAGAAACUCAAAAAGAAGGAUAAAGGGAAGCUGGAAGAGAAGAAACCUCCUGAGGCUGACAUGAACAUUUUUGAAGACAUUGGGGAUUAUGUUCCCUCCACAACCAAGACACCUCGGGACAAGGAGCGGGAGAGAUACCGGGAACGGGAGCGUGAUCGGGAGAGAGACAGAGACCGGGACCGAGAGCGGGAACGAGAACGGGAGCGGGAGCGGGAGCAGGACCGAGAGAGAGAGGAGGAAAAGAAAAGGCACAGCUACUUUGAAAAGCCUAAAGUGGAUGAUGAGCCCAUGGAUGUUGACAAAGGACCUGGAUCUGCCAAGGAAUUAAUCAAGUCCAUCAAUGAAAAGUUUGCUGGGUCUGCUGGCUGGGAGGGCACUGAAUCGCUGAAGAAGCCAGAAGACAAAAAGCAGCUGGGUGAUUUCUUUGGCAUGUCCAACAGUUAUGCAGAGUGCUAUCCAGCCACGAUGGAUGACAUGGCUGUGGAUAGUGAUGAGGAGGUGGAUUAUAGCAAAAUGGACCAGGGUAACAAGAAGGGCCCCUUAGGCCGGUGGGACUUUGAUACCCAGGAGGAAUACAGCGAGUAUAUGAACAACAAGGAGGCUUUGCCCAAGGCUGCAUUCCAAUAUGGUAUCAAGAUGUCUGAAGGACGAAAAACCAGGCGCUUCAAGGAAACCAAUGACAAGGCAGAACUUGAUCGCCAGUGGAAGAAGAUUAGUGCAACUAUCACGGGUUAUUUUGCAGAUCAUUGAGAAGAGAAAGAAGAUGGAAGCUGAUGGGGUUGAAGUGAAAAGACCGAAAUACUAAUCUCCAGUUCCUACUGGAGAAUCUCCACAUGGAUGUUCUUUCUACUACUUUCUUCCUGCAAUUCCUAGUAAGGUUGCAGUGUGGUUUUUUUUCCCUGAAUGUAUAUAAAAUUUUAUUGUAUAAUCAUUUGGUUCCAUUAAAAUUGAUUAACCUGC